AUGGACAUGCGAGGGAAACUGAGCGAAUGCCGCUCCAUAUCCCACGACACCCUGCGGAGUGGCUCGCCACGGGUGGCGCAUUUUGACGGCGAGGUUCCUCCCGCACUCUCCCCCCUCGAUGCAUUCGCUGCUCAAAGCCGAUUUCUCGCCCGACAACUCGAUGAGUCUCGACGAGGAGACCGCCGCAUGAGUCGGUUACCGCCGGCGAGUGUGGCUCGAUCGCUUUCGCAAGGCCGCCCGGGCUUCUACCGUUCCAAAUCAUCGACUGAAUCCCGCACAGAACUGACUCGGAAACCCACGCAGAAGGGAUUGCCGGAGUUCGAAGACCCCAAGUACCGUCCUGUCUCCGAACAUCCCCGCUUGAGCUCAAUUUCCCAUGCUAGCACCGAAGCUAGCUAUUACGAGGAUGAUGACAAUGCGACACCUCGGACAACGAUGUAUAACACUGGUCCGGAGACGUAUGGGAUGCCGCGCGCCGAGUCACCAGAGGAGGUUACAUCACACGCAAGUGGAGCGGAGGAUGCGCCUGCUGGUGUGGCGGUUGCUAAGCCGCAAGGUUCAUCGAUCGACUCAGCUUCGCGACUGGACAUCCCACGCACCUUGGCACCACCAGUGUCACCGCGGUCGCGCCCAUCCAGUAGUGCCAAAGUGACACACCCCGAGAGUUCUGAUGAUGACUACAGCAGCUCUAAUGGUGGGUCGACAUUCUCCCAACCCCGAAAGCUGUCCUCUGGAAGUGCUGUGUCAUUGCCAUAUUCUCCUAUGUCGACAUUCCCUGCACGACCACACCCUCGAUCGCCAUCCUUGAGUUCGGAGACAUCAGGAACAGGAACGAACCACCUCCCCCGCCCUUCGUUCAAUUUCUCUCGACCGCUGAGUCGGUCCAGUACGAGCCUGUCUGCUCCUGGAGCUUCGACGCCUACAGAACCGAUCCUUGCUUCUGGAUCGAACCAGAUGUAUCGCCGCAGCAGGCCGACUCCACUCCUCUUGCAACUUUCUACCGAAGAUGCUGCUGCCGCGGCAGCCAUGGAGGGUGAGCCGUCGUCCGCCGUCUCGUCUUAUGUUUAUGCCAAGUAUGCGCUUCCGCGCGGACGCUUCCUUUCACGGGAUUCUGUGGUUUUUGCGGGCUUGCAAACGCCCCAUUUCGAGUGGGAGGAGCCCCUAUUUGAGAAAACCCCUCCUCGGCACUCAGAGGAGCCGCCGCGGAUGGCACGAACACCAUCUCCUACUCACCACCGUCAAUUUGAGCACUCACCGAAGCCUCACUCGAUGCACGAACGAGUCCCACAACCCCCUCCUGUGCCCGACUCGCCAGUGGAGCCCGCACCACGGCCCUCUGUUGAGAACACCCGCCAGACGACUAGCGACAAGGAUGAACCCGUCUCUUCUGCGGAUUCGGCCAGCACCAUGCGACCCCAAACCACUGCCGCUCAGGUGACAGCUUCCGGCCUCACGGCUGAUGACCAUGUCGCUAAGGGCAUUGAGUGUCACGAGCGAGGAUCCCUGAGCGAAUCGACGUAUCAUCUGCGAGUUGCCGCGAAGCAGGACCACCCGACGGGAAUGCUGCUUUAUGCGCUGGCCUGUCGGCACGGUUGGGGCAUGCGAUCCAAUGAGAAGGAGGGUGUACGAUGGUUACGCAAAGCUGUGGAUUCCGUCGGAUUGGAAAUGUUGGCUGAUCCGGAUGCUCCCGGUGCGUCGAAGGCGAAGGAAUUGCAAAAGGCAUACCGAGCUCAAUUUGCUUUGAGCAUUUAUGAACUGGGCGUCAGCUACUUGAAUGGCUGGGGUAUCGAGCAGGACAAGUCUCUUGCCCUGCGCUGCUUCGAGAUCGCCGGUCAAUGGGGUGAUGUUGACGCCAUGGCCGAAGCCGGAUUCUGCUAUGCGGAGGGUGUUGGCUGUAAAAAGGAUAUGAAGAAGGCGGCACGCUUUUAUCGCCAGGCUGAAGCCAAGGGUAUGAGUAUGGUUGGAAACAGCUGGAUCUACAAGGACAAAUACAACGAGGUUGAGUCCACAUCCACGUCCACCUCCACUGGACGCUCCCGUGGCCGAAAUGCCAGCGGAGGAGAGAAGGACAAGAAGCCGCGCAGCAAGUCCCGCACUCGCAGUAUCUUCCAACGCAAGAAGUCCAACGUGUCAGAGGCAUAG